UAUACAGAAGCGUUCAAGCUGCUAAAAAGCUCCAGGAAGAAGAAGCAGCUUCAAAGUGCUAGCUGCUGUUAGCAGAUCUCGGCCAGUUGUGAUGGCAGGAGGAGGAUCAGCAGGUGUUGACCUCAGUAGGAAGUUUGUUUCAGAGGCACAGCUUGAUGAGCGGCGGAAGAAGAGACAGGAGGAAUGGGAGAAAGUCAGGAAACCAGAUGACCCACAAGAGGCUCCAGAGGAGGAGUAUGACCCCCGUUCUCUCUAUGAGCGACUGCAGGAGCAGAAGGACAAAAAACAAGAGGAGUUUGAAGAGCAGUUCAAAUUCAAGAACAUGGUGAGGGGAUUGGAUGAGGAUGAAACCAGUUUCCUGGAUGAGGUCUCCCGGCAACAGAGCCUGGUGGAGAAGCAGCGCAGAGAUGAAGAGCAACAGGAACUGAUGGAAUACAGAAGCGCCCUUGUGAAGCGAGCAGCUGCUGAAAGCCAGCGAGAGCCUGAGAAGAAAAGUGUGUCCAAGCAAGUCGGAGCAGAGCAAAGGAGCAGUCUCUUGUCUCAAGCUCAUCUACUGGCUGGAGCUGUUAAGAGACGCAGUUCCUCUCAGUCAUCAGACGGCAGUAAAAAGCAGAAGACUGAAAACACAACAGUGGCGAGUGAAAAUGGAGACAGACACACAGAACAGGAGGCAGGAACAAGGGGCACCAGUGAACGGCAAACUGUUCCCGACCUGACGGUCCGGACCCGCACCAACCUGCUGGGUUCUGCUGGAGGCGUGUUGCACCUGCCGUCAGCAGCGGUGUGCGUUGGCGUGUUACCUGGACUCUGCGACUAUUCCGCCAGCAGCGACUCCGACAGCAGCUCGGACAGCGAAGGUAGCGUGGACGCAAUCAUGAUGCCGUACCCACGGCACACCAGGGCCUACAGAUAAACACACACACACAUAUAUAUACACAGACACACGCAGUGACCAGAGAGAGAGGUCAGAGGUCACACACGGCACAUAGUCUUGCACUGGCAAAUGCGUCACAUAGCGCACGUGAAACACUUCCAGUAAUCAUGCUGUUUGCACAGCUGUGAGUUUAACUGUUGCUCUUUAGUUCUUUACUCCCAAACAAACUGUGUGGCAUGAACUUAAUCUUUGAAUCUGUUUUUGGUUUUGGUUUUGUGGCACUCGAAACGUGACGCCUCCACCCUUCCUCCCACCCCCCACCCCCCC